AUGGGUUUUCUGUUACUGUCUCUGUUUUUAUCUCUGCUUCUUCUAUUUUCUAACCAACAAACAAAAGCUCAUCAACUCAACAACUUCAACACAACAAUAACAACAGCAACUACCAUUUCUAAUAGUAGUAAUGAAAGAAAGCUCGCAGGAACAUGCAAUCUGUUCCGUGGAAAAUGGGUCUAUGACGCUUCAUAUCCUCUCUAUGAUCCUUCUUCUUGUCCCUUCAUAGAUCCACAAUUCAACUGUCAAAAAUACGGUCGACCUGAUUCUCAGUAUCAGAAAUAUAGAUGGCAACCACUCACUUGUUCUUUACCAAGGUUCAAUGCAUUGGAUUUUCUAGCAAAGUAUAGAGGAAAGAAGAUUAUGUUUGUGGGUGAUUCUUUGAGUUUGAAUCAGUUCAAUUCAUUGGCAUGUAUGAUUCAUUCUUCGGUGCCAAAAACAAGAACUUCAUUCUCAAAGCAAAGUGCAAUUUCCACAAUAACAUUUCAGGAUUUUGGUCUCCAAUUAUUUCUAUAUCGCACACCAUACUUGGUUGACCUUGAUCGUGAAAACGUUGGGAAUGUAUUAAAGUUAGACUCAAUAAAGAGCGGUGAUGCUUGGAGAGGAAUGGAUGUGUUGAUCUUUAACACGUGGCAUUGGUGGACCCACACCGGAAAUGCACAACCAUGGGAUUAUAUUCAAGAAGGUGGCAAGUUGUACAAAGACAUGAACAGAUUCAUUGCAUUCUACAAAGGCUUGACAACUUGGGCUAGAUGGGUUAACAUCAAUGUAAAUCCAACCCAAACCAAGGUCUUCUUUCUCGGAAUUUCUCCAGUGCAUUAUGAGGGUCGAGAUUGGAAUCAACCAGCGAAGUCGUGCAUGAGCGAGACACAACCAUUUUUUGGCUUAAAGUAUCCAGCAGGAACACCAAUGGCUUGGGUGAUAGUGAACAAAGUAUUGAACAGAUUAAAGAAGCCAGUGUAUUUUCUAGAUGUAACAACACUUUCACAGUACAGAAAAGACGCACAUCCAGAAGGGUAUAGUGGUGUUAUGUCAACAGAUUGUAGUCAUUGGUGUCUUCCAGGGCUUCCUGAUACAUGGAAUGUUCUUCUUCAUGCAGCUCUUUUUGGUUGA